UUCGAAAUAUUAUUUUUAUCUAUAAAGUUAUUUAAAAUAUUUACCAUAUAUCUUUAUUCUUUACAGAUUUAUAUUGAUUAUCGUAUUCUGCUGGUUGAUAUCUUUUUAAUUUUGCAUUAUUUACGUAUACACACGCAUACUCACAUUCUUCUUUAUCACAAUAUAUCCGAAGAAUCACUUUAAUGUCAAAUCAAUUUUCAGCGAAUAAAUAAUGGACGUGCAUUCGUGGUAUAUAUAUAUAUAUAUAUAUAUAUACAUACAUGCAUGCAGGCAUGCAUACACACGCAUACCUGUUCAGAUGUUAGAAUUUCAAAGAUGCGCGGGGAAGUGAUUCCAUUUGUUUCUUUCCUAUCGAUUGUAUUUUAAACUGGACAAUCGCGUUAUUACCUUUUUGCUGGAUGGGCAAUUCCAACGUAAAGAAAAAAUACCACGACCAUCAGAAAUAUGCUAGUCAGUAUAGUCUCAUUGACAUCAUCGGUGGGAGUUGUGCUGGAUCAACGAGAUCAUUUCAAGUAGAAAUCAAAUCAUGGUCACGGUCCUCCUAUAGAAGUUCUUCUAAAACGGCCUGGCCGAUACCUAGGUCUGAAGCUAUCUUUCUGCCAGAAUUUAAAGUCAGAAAGAUGACUUUAAAUACAGAAUAUAGCUUUCUCGACGUCAUUGCUAAAGGUGCAUAUGGAAGAGUUUAUAAGGUUCAGAGUCGGGAAAAUAGACAAGUUUUUGCUUUGAAAGUUAUUAGCAAAGCUAAAAUUAUCACCGAGAAUGCCGUUACUCAGGCAAAACAGGAGGUAGCUAUACAAAGAAUGGUCGGGCAUCAUCCCUUUAUUGUAAAUUCUACCCAUAGAUGGCAAAGUAGUAAAACGUUAUACAUAUUAACAGAUUACAUGUGCGGCGGGGAAUUAUUUUCAUUAGUAGAGAAGUAUGGGUGUUUGCCCGAACAAGUAGUUAGAAUAUAUGUCGCCGAAGUUGCUUUAGCUAUUGAUUUUUUACAUAAUGCUGGAGUGGUGCACAGAGAUUUGAAAGCAACAAAUAUUUUAUUGGACGAAGAAGGGCAUGCUAUGAUUAUAGAUUUUGGUUUAUCCAAGUGGUUACAUCGUACGCAAAGGACAAAUACUUUCUGUGGGACUCCUGAGUACAUGGCGCCAGAAAUUUUAAAAAGGCAAUUUUAUGGUCAAGAAGUCGACUGGUGGUCUCUUGGUGUUUUGAUGUGCUUUCUACUCACCAAUCGGUAUCCAUCCAAUGUACCCUGCGAACUUUUCUCAGAUCGCAUCGAGCAGAAUUCUCCUGUUCCACCGGGGACUCUACCAGCCGGUACCAAUCUCUCUCACGCAGCAACGGAUCUUCUCAAGCGAUUAUUGCAGCCGGAUCCAUUGUUGAGACUCCGAUCGAUAUUAACCCUUCAAACGCUUGCUUUUUAUAUGGGCUAUAGCGUGCAGAGUUAUAUGUAUAAAAAAGAAUCUCCAUUUAAAUUAUUGGGCCGGUCGAAAGAGCCAAUGAAGAAUUCUUUGAAUGCACAAAUGCGCUUUGACUUCGCCGACUUCGACUCCUUCGUUGUUAGAGAUCGUUGUUGAACGUAUAGAGCAAUGCUGAGAGAGAAAUCCGCACGAUAGUAAAAAAUGCAGCGUCUAUGUUAUAUCUCCAUUAAAUUAAUGGGCUAAAGUGAUCAAUUGUGCAGUAUAUUUGUUGUAAACCAAACAUGUUCAAGUCAAACAGUAAACAUACAGCAUUUAAAUGUUAUGUUCACAUAUGUACCUGCUGACCAGCUAAGAGCAAAACUUGUUAAAAUAAGUGAUAAGACGAUGUUGAUUGAUUAUGAGAAUAAUAUUGGGUUGGCCAGUAAGUAAUGUCAGAAGUUUUAUUAGUUUGUAACUUAUAAGUAAAUAACACUAGUGUUGUUUAUUCAUAAGAUGUUUGUGUUAUAUUUUAUAUCAGAAUAUGUAACAUUGUAGUAUUUUUUUAUUAAAGAAUUUAUUACAAAAUAUUUAGAAUUUUGCAUGUAAACGAAAAAAAAAUAUAUUACAAUAAAUGACAUUAAUAUUCUUUUUUUUUUUUUUUUAAUUCCGACAUUAUUUAUCGGACAUCUCCAAUAAUUGCGGGAUUGCGUGUUAUUAAAAUAAAUACAAUUAAAAUCGACGGAAAUGUGAUUUUCGAUAGAACUGAAGUGCUGAAAGUUGAAAAAAAUAUUACAGAAAUAUUUAUAGAAAAAUGAAAAUCAUUCCGAAUUGAAUGUUCCAUCACCUUAGGAGCUAUCUUCCUAGAAAAAUAUUAAUAUCUUAUAAUUAAAUAAGGAGCAAUCAGAAUAGAUCAAUUUUAUAUAAAAAAAAAAAAAAUCAGCAGAUACCUGUGAGCAUAAAAAAUUUACAACUUUAUAACUAUCUAAAAAUAAUAAAUGAUUUUUGAUUAAACAUAUAAAAAUUAAUUAUUUCAUUCACGCAUGAAACUAAUAAUAACGAAACGACAGAUUAGAAUAAGUGGCAUCGAAUCUUGCCAAUUUAGACGAUACUUCGUGUAUUCAACAUAUAAAUGCAAAAAUAUGUUUCUAUUGAAGUCUAAUAUGAUAGAAAAUAAUAUUAAUAAUUCAUAAAUGAUUAAAUCAAACUUAUAAAACAUUAUAUGUAUAUAAUAUAAAUGAGAAGCUAUUUACGAACCAGAAUUAACGAAGCGAGAAGAGGCCUGAACACGUCUGUAAAGCUGCUUGUGCGAAUGAGAACUGCGUAACAUAUUAGUAAGAACGAACGAAGGAAAGUCAUGUAAAGGUUUUCAAUCGUCCUUUGAUUGUUUACAUCUGCUUUAACCGGUAUAUACUUCUCUGAGUGAUAUAUAUAUAUAUAUAUACAAACACAUACACAGCGACUGCUUCUUGUUUUUAUCAUUGUCGGAGACUGGAUCGUUCGUAAACAUUAUUAGUGGGGGAACUUUCAAGCUAUUAUUUAUAUUUUAAUAUUAUCUCUCUCUCUCUUUCUCUCUCUCUCUCUCUCUCUCUCUCUCUCUCUCUCUCUCUCUCUCUCUCUCUCUCUCUCUCUCUAUCUGUUAAGAGCAUCACCGUAUCUAUUUGAAAAGGGAUAAACUUACGUGUGCCUGCAGGAUGAUUAUGUUUCAAAUGUUAUUUUCAUUGUACUACGUAGUUUUCUUAGUUUCUACGCUACUCGGAAAGCUGACAAAUAUUAGAUGGAUAUUAGUACAGUAGAAAAUUAAUUUCAUGCGAAUGUAUAUGCGUGGAUGUAUUAGCGAUAUUUGCAUCUUUACGUAAGAAAGAUAUCUGUAUGUAUAUGAAAAUCGUAUUUACGACGAAAUAAAAUCGAACACGAUUAAUUAACGAAGUAUUAUUAAUAAGAGCAUCGUUAAAAGACAAAAAAAGUAUCGAUAAGCAGCGAAAAUAAAGCUGGAAAAUCCGUGAAAUAAGUAUAGUUCCAAAGGAGAAGCCAAAACGCCAAAAUAUUAUUAUCACGGAUACCUUUUAAAUAAGACGAUACCACGACUUGCGAACAUGCAUGCGUGGAAAUCAGAUUUUGGAAUAUCGAUUGAUAUAUAAAAUAAAGAUGUAGGUUAAAAAAGAAUAUACUAAUAACCUGUAAUUAACGAGACGACGAGAAGAUUUGCUGCGACUGAUACGAGGAAAUAAUUCCAAAUGGCGAAAUCACCAAUAGCGAGAAGAGUAAAUGGACGUAAGCGCAAGCGUAGUACGUCGGCUGUCACCAUCCCAUUCCCACGAAGCACGUAAUUUUUCGAUUUAUCAUAUGAACAUCAUGGAAACAUCAAAAGUAUGAUAUAGGAAUUUAAAAAUUACCUAAACGUAUACUAUGUUAGAUGAAAUAAAAAAAUUUAAUCAUUAAAAUUCGACAGCUAUGGAGAUAUACCUCAAAAAAAUGAGAAGAAAUUUAAAUAACUUAUACUUUCGAUAACUUUAUAAUUAUUUAAAUAAUGUAUAAUGAAUAUGGGAUACAAUGGAUCAAUAUUUCAAUGAUAGAUAAUGGUUUCGCAUUAAUAUUACAUUGCUCGUAACACGCUCGUAACAUAAAAUAAUUUUAACUUAAUAUUAAAUUCAUUACAAUUAAUGGUCAUAGAGUUGUUGGCUACACGUGAUAUCGAUAAAAACGAACGAUAGAUUGACUUUGACGAAUAUCGAAAUAGUUUACUUUUGUCUUCCGAAGGAUAAACAUCGAAACUCUCUCUUUCUAUACAAUUAAACUUAAAUAAAUCAUUAUUUCGAUAAUUUAAAAAUUAUUU